UCUCGCCUUUUUUCUCUCUCAAUCAAAAUUCAGCUCCUUUUCACAACGAUCGCUCUUCGUUUCUUUGUUUCAAAUUUAGCAAGCUACCGAUCUGUUGUUUUUACUGUUUCCUUGGUGCUGUUUUUUGCGCAUUCUCCAACAGCGAAGAAGCCUUUCAAAGCUUCAGUUCAACAAUUACCAAGCUCGUUGGGCCCAACAAUGGCGGAAUCUAAAUCAGACUCUGACUUUUUGAAGGAUUUUUAUAUUCCUGCAUAUAUAUUUAAUGAUGAAACACAGCUCGCUGAUGUUCCCGAAGCACCAAAGUUCCCAGUGCUUGUGUUUAUCAACUCCAAAAGUGGUGGUCAAUUGGGUGGCGAUCUUCUUAAUACAUAUAAAAGUAUCCUCAAUGAACAUCAGAUUUUCGACUUGGGCGAAGAGGCCCCUGAUAAGGUGCUUUGCAGAGUUUACACCAGACUAGAAAUGCUGAAGCAAGAAAAAGAUGAAUUUGCCACAAAGAUUCACGAGAGAUUAAGAAUAAUUGUUGCCGGUGGUGAUGGGACAGCUGGCUGGCUUCUGGGAGUUGUUUGUGAUCUUAAAUUGCCACAUCCACCUCCAAUUGCUACAGUUCCUUUGGGAACUGGAAACAAUCUGCCUUUUUCAUUUGGCUGGGGAAAGAGGAAUCCUGGGACUGAUCGUAACUCUGUGUUGUUAUUCUUGGAACAAGUAAAGAAAGCGAAGGAAAUGAAAAUAGACAAUUGGCAUAUUCUCAUGAGGAUGAGAGCUCCAAAGGAAGGUUCAUGUGACCCUAUUGCACCUCUGGAAUUACCACACUCUUUACAUGCAUUUCAUCGUGUCUCAUCAACAGAUGAACUAAACAUGGCAGGUUGCCAUACAUUUCGUGGGGGAUUCUGGAAUUACUUCAGCUUGGGAAUGGAUGCUCAAGUAUCGUAUGCUUUUCACUCUGAGCGAAAGUUGCAUCCUGAAAAUUUUAAAAACCAGUUGGUUAAUCAGAGCACUUAUGCAAAGCUUGGCUGUACCCAAGGGUGGUUUGCUGCUUCUAUUUUUCAUCCUGCUUCAAAGAAUGUUGCCCAGCUUGCAAAAGUGAAAAUCAUGAAGAAACAUGGUCAAUGGCAAGAUCUCCACAUACCACAGAGCAUAAGGUCGAUCAUAUGCCUCAACUUGCCCAGCUUUUCUGGUGGUCUAAAUCCUUGGGGAACACCAAGUGGCAGAAAGAAGAACGAGAGAGACUUAACUCCACCUUUUGUAGAUGAUGGCCUUCUCGAAGUAGUUGGUUUUAGAGAUGCAUGGCAUGGGCUUGUGUUGCUGGCUCCAAAGGGACAUGGAACUCGCCUGGCACAGGCACACCGAAUCCGCUUUGAGUUUCACAAAGGUGCUGCUGAACAUACAUACAUGAGAAUUGAUGGGGAACCAUGGAAGCAACCACUACCGAAAGAUGAUGAUACGGUUGUAGUUGAAAUUUCCCACCUCGGACAAGUUAACAUGCUUGCAACCCAAAAUUGCCGGUCGAAAAGCGUGAAUGAUAGUACCUCAUCGACUCAUCAUAACGGUGAGGAAGAUGAUGACGUUAGUGAUGAAGAAGACGACUCCAGAUAUGGGGGAGACGAGUUCAGGAAAUUUGGUGCGGCAGACACCUUCAGAAUCCCAGACGAAGUUGAUAUUUCUCAACUUAGUUAAAUAGUGAAACAUUUUAUAGUUCAUUUCUUGUGUUCAUUUCUUAUUCCAUUUAAUAA